AUGGUGUUAAUAUUAUUAUUUCUAAUAUUAAAUACUUUAAGUAUUGCUUCACCAAGUUCGUAUUGUAACAAAGUGACCGAUGGUGUAUGUACAGAGUGUAUAAAUAACUACUUUUUAGACGAUUCUCACCAAUGCAUAUCAAGACUUGAUUUCCAUUGUGGGGUGUCUUCAACAUACAGUCAAUGUGAAAAAUGUAGUCCAGGCUAUAAGUUUGAUUUUUCAAAUUACACUUGUGUUAUUGGAGACGAGUUGUGUGCUUCAAUAGAAUUUUAUAAUAAAGUUGCCACAUGUACAGAGUGUCCCAAAGGUUAUACAAUUGUGAAUGAGACCGAGUGUUAUGAUUGUUCUUUCUUUGGAAACUCUCUUUGUAAAAGUGCUACAAAAGACUGUUCUGUAUGUACCGAGUGUGUUAGUGGGUCUUACAUUUUAGAUGGUAAAUGUAUUAAAAUUUCCAACUGCGAAGUCGCUAAAGAAGAUGGGAUGUGUGAAUAUUGUAUAACUGGAUAUUACAUUGACAAAGAAAGUGGUACUUGUAAACUUGGUAAGAUCCCACUUUGUAUAGACUAUGAGUCUCAAUUUGAGUGUUCAGAAUGUAGUGGUAAUUCAUUCAACAACAUCACCGAAUGUAUUAAAAUCGACAACUGCCACGAGUCAGACGAAGAUGACGGAGGAAUUUGCACGAAGUGUAAUAAUGGGUAUGGGAUGGAUGGUAUAUUAAAGUGUUCGAAAUGUACUGUUGAGAAUUGUAAAAACUGUGACAUGAAUACGUCUAUAUGUCAAAGGUGUAAUGAUGGCUUAGCCAAAUUAGCAGAAGACAAAUGUGGAGAUUGUAGCCAAGUUCAUGGGUGUAAAGAGUG